GCCCAAAGUAACCACACACACCAACAAUCGUCGUCUCGUGCGACCCCGACACGUGCGUUGCUGGUAGUUACAGUGAUAGUGAGCCAUGGCGACGAUGAGGGCCGCCGCCGCGCUGCUUGGCGCCGUGGUGCUGCUGUGCGCGCUCCGUCACGGCGGGGCGCAGCGGUACGAGGCCAUCUACAGCUUCGGCGACUCCAUCUCCGACACCGGCAACCUCUGCGUCGGCGGCUGCCCGUCGUGGCUCACCACCGGGCAGUCGCCCUAUGGGGAGACCUUCUUCAAGCGCCCCACCGGCCGCUGCUCCGACGGCCGCGUCAUCGUCGACUUCCUUGCCGAGCACUUUGGGCUGCCGCUGCUGCCGGCGUCCAAGGCCGGCGGCGACUUCAAGAAGGGCGCCAACAUGGCGAUCAUCGGCGCCACCACCAUGGACUUCGGCUUCUUCCAGUCCAUCGGCCUCAGCGACAAGAUCUGGAACAACGGGCCCCUGGACACCCAGAUCCAGUGGUUCCGGAAGCUCCUCCCGUCCGCCUGCGGUAAGGACUGCAAGAGGCAUCUCUCCAAGUCCCUGUUCGUGGUGGGCGAGUUCGGCGGCAACGACUACAACGCGGCGCUCUUCUCCGGCCGGACCAUGGCCGACGUGAGGGGCUACGUGCCGCGGGUCGUCAGCCACAUCGUCCGUGGCCUCGAGAACAUGAUCAGACUAGGCGCGAUGGACGUGGUGGUGCCGGGGGUGCUCCCCAUCGGGUGCUUCCCGAUCUACCUGACCCUCUACGGCACCUCCAACGCCGGCGACUACGACGGCGACGGGUGCCUCAAGAGCUACAACGAGCUCUCCGCCCACCACAACUCGCUGCUCCGGCGGAGCCUCGCCAACCUCCAGAGGACCUACCCCCACACCAGGAUCAUGUACGCCGACUUCUACGCGCAGGUCAUCCAGAUGAUCCGGGCCCCUCAGAAUUUCGGCCUCAAGUACGGGCUGAAGGUGUGCUGCGGAGCCGGCGGGCAGGGCAAGUACAACUACAACAAUAAGGCGAGGUGCGGCAUGGCCGGGGCGAGCGCCUGCUCCGACCCGCAGAACUACCUCAUCUGGGACGGCAUCCACCUCACGGAGGCGGCGUACCGUUCCAUCGCCAACGGGUGGCUCAAGGGCCCCUACUGCAGCCCCCGCAUCCUGCACUGAUCAUUCUUUCUUAUCGAUUCCUUGUUUUAUUUAUUAUUUAUUUUAUUGACUUGGUGCGUUUUCUGAUCAAGUGUGGUGGGAUCGAUGGAUGCGUCAUGCGUGUGCGGAUGUGACAGCUAAUAUAUAUGAUGGAUGUUCAUGGGGUAAUUAAUUAAUUAUUAGGUUGUGUCCGGAGAAUGAAUGAAUAAAACUAUAUACUAGAUGUGUUGUUUGGGGUUA